AUGGUGUUAAUUGUGCCUGAUAAAAGAUUAUUUACUAUCAUAUUAUUCAUCGCAUUUGCAAAUAACGACUUUAUGCCCUCAUUUAGAGAGAUUUGGAGUAGUCCAUGGGUAACCGCUGCAGCAAUAGGACUAACUGGUCUAGUAGUUGCGGCUUUUAUUUUAUCAGCAAUAAUUAGUGCGUUGGGAUUUGGUACAGAAGGUAUUGCGGCAAGUUCAUUUGCGGUAGUGUUGGCAAAUUAUCUUGAUGAAAUGAAAUUAAAUGAACCCGAACAACAAUCCUUUGAAAAUUUUGUUCGAAUUGAGGAAAAACCUUUCUCAAAUGAUCAUAGUAUGGUCAUAUUCACUCUUCUGCCAGCUUUAUUAUGUAAUCAAUUAAUGUUAAAAUGUUUCAUUGAACAUUUCAAUUUUAACGAAUCUAGAGUGGAAAGUUUGUUGAUAAAGGAUCAAAUAGUUGGAUAUGGUUUGGAUAUUAACGAUUAUCAAACAUCAAAUGUUAUGUUAUAUAUAUUGGAAGAAAUUUGGAGACAAAUAAAUGUGAAGGGAGAUAUCAAGUCAAAAUAUACAGUAAAAUCAGUAAAAUCCAUAAAAUCCAUAAAAUCUAGUUCAUUUUUUCAAUUAUAA